AUGAGCCAAAAAAGAGAAGGAGGGAUAAAGAAGGGCGGACGAGCCGAACGUCCCCCUCACACCCCGGAAAGGCACGUUCAUAUGAUCGACAGGAGAUUUGCAGGAGGGAAAAUUUCCAAAUCAUCUCGCAAAAGACACUUUAAAGAAGUAUACCAUGUCGGAGAAGGGGACAGGUCACCCGACCUCCCUACUAUCGCCUUCACCAAAGAAGACGCCGCAAGCAUCAUCCCUGGGCAUGAUGACCCCAUGGUCGUUACCAUCAUACUAGCUAAUGCCAACCUCCACCGAACACUGGUUGAUCAGGGAAGCUCCACGGACAUCCUAUUCAAAUCCACCUUCAAAAAGCUCGGACUACAAGAAAAGGAGCUCAGAGCAUAUCCCAACAGCCUGUUCGGGCUAGGAGACGCUCUGAUCCAGCCCCUCGGGUACAUCCCACUGCGCACGACCUUCGGAAAAGGAACCCGGUCCAGAACACUGAGCAUAGACUACACCGUGGUUGAUGUGAACUCCGCGUACAACGCCUUUAUAGGUCGGACGACCUUAAACCAGCUCGCCGCAGUAGUCUCCACUCCACACCUAUGCAUGAAGUUUCCAACUCCGGAGGGGAUAGCCACCAUAAAAGGAGACCAAAAGCUCACGCGACGCUGUUAUAACGAAAGUCUAAACUUUAAAGGCGACCCCAGAGGAAAAGAAGCCAAUACCAUUGAACUCGGGGGAACCAGGGCUCGCGAAGAAUUUCGCCCCCAACUAGAAGGCGAGACCGAAGAGGUCCAAAUCGGAGACAGCAGAGGUAAAACAACAAACGUAGGUGCAAACCUAAGAGAAUACCUAAAGGAGCUACUAAUAAAAUUCCUAAGGAAAAACUCCGACCUUUUCGCAUGGAAAGCCGCGGACAUGCCCGGCAUAAAUCCUGGAUUAAUGUGCCACAAACUGGCAGUGUACCCCGGAUCUCGAUCAGUGCAACAAAAGCGCAGAAAGCUCGUUCGGGAAAGGUCACAAGUCAUGGAGGAACAAAUACAGGCCUUACUAGAGGCAGGGUUCAUACGGGAGGUCAAAUACCCACUAUGGCUGGCCAACGUCGUACUGGUUAAAAAGCCAGAUGGAAAGUGGCGGAUGUGUGUCGACUACACCGAUUUCAACAAAGCCUGCCUAAAAUACCCUUACCCCCUCCCGAAUAUCGACACCCUAGUCGACGUCUUGUCGGGAUACAAGUACCUCUCCUUCAUGGACGAUUACUCGAGGUACAACCAGAUCCCAAUGCAUCAACCUGACCAAGAGAAGACCUCGUUCCUAACCCCGAAAGCAAACUACUGCUACGUAGUCAUGCCGUUCGAACUUAAGAACGCGGGGACUACAUAUCAGAGGUUGAUGAACAAAGUAUUCGCCGACCACAUUGGGAAGCUGAUGGAAGUCUAUGUAGACGACAUGCUGGUAAAAACCCAAAGCGAAGAAAUGCUGCUACCCAACCCCGCUGAAGUAUUCAGCACCAUAAGAAAGCACGGGAUGAGACUAAAUCCCACAAAAUGUACUUUCGCGGUAGAAGCUGGCAAAUUCCUAGGGUUCAUGCUCACUGAUAAGCGAGAAUUUGUUGUUGAUUCGGAAUUUCUCAAAGUAAGAAUAUCUUCGUUGCAAGUAUAG